UUAGUUGUAUCCGUGACGGUUGGAUUAGGUAGUUUAGUAUUUUGUGCCCCUUUUCUGCUUUGUUGAUAGUUUGCUUUGUGGGUUCCCACAUAUCCAGAGAGCACGUGAACGCCGCAGCAGAGAGCUCAUCUGUUGGACAGGGAAACUAAUCAGGAGCCAAGUAAAGACUUUUCAACACUGCGAGCUAAUAGGCUAGCACGGCUCCUAAGUCAGCCGUCACUACGAAAACGGGGUAGGGACUUUGUUUGUGACCGACAACAUCUCCUCUAGGCAGGAAACAACUUUGAAGCCAUGUUAUAGUGGGGGGGAAGACACUUGAAUCGUUGCGCUUAAAGUAUAAAAGCGAGCUGCCUCCGGUCAGCAAGCUUGUGGCUAGCUCCAUAACGUUAGCUGGGAAAGAAGUGGAGGCUUAAAAACAAACAAACACACAAACAUGGAGCUGGACGACGUAGUCCUCUACCAGGACGACUCGGGCGACUCGGACGUGAUGUCCGAGCGGGUCGCCGGUCUGGCCAGCUCCAUAUACCGAGAGUUCGAGCGGCUCAUCGAGAAGUACGACGAGGACGUGGUGAAGGACCUGAUGCCGCUGGUCGUCGGGCUGCUGGAGAACCUGGACUCGGUGUUCGCCGCCAACAAGGAGCACGUCGUGGAGCUGGAGCUGCUGAAGGAGGACAACGAGCAACUUGUCACUCAGUACGAACGGGAGAAAGCGCUGAGAAAACACGCAGAGGAGAGAUACAUUGCCUUAGAAGACUCCCAAGAUGGAGAGAAAAAGGACCUCCAGUCUCGACUGGUAACUUCGGAGUCGCACGCGCGGCAGCUAGAGCUAAAGACAAAGAACUAUGCAGAUCAGAUAAGCAGAUUUGAAGAGAGAGAAGCAGAACUGAAGAGGGAGUACAAUGCCCUUCAUCAAAGACACACUGAGAUGAUCCACAGCUACAUGGAGCACCUGGAGCGAGCUAAACACCAGCACCCGACGACGCCAGCAGAGCCGUCAGAUACAGGAUCGUCAGCUAAGAGACGGAAAGAGCGCCCCAUCUCCAUGGUUUUCCAACUUCCUGGGCCCGAUGGCGUGACCUCUGAAUUCCAGCGGGACCCUGUCGAUACCCCGUCUGAACCAUGGAGAUUCAACAACCUCAGCCAGCCGCAGUCCAACACCAGCAUCAAGGACGAGUUGGCCAAUGCAAACCGUGGAAACUCCAAGCCCAGCACAGCAGCCAACCAGGGAAACGCCUCUAAGCCUUUAGCUGCAGCGUCCUCAAACAGUGGAUCAUCCAAAGCCAACACUCCAGCAUCGUCUCAGGGCGGUUCGGUCACGCCGCUGUCUCCUCACGAAGGGGCCAACGGUGAACUCGCGCUCACCUCUUCUUCACCACUGUCCACGGCUUCUUCUGAUGUCACCAUGGAGUCCGUGGAGCAGGAAACUUCAGGAGGACUCAACAGGAAAAGCAGAAAAUCUGAAAACGGAGAAAACAAGGAAACGUCUAGGGAAGAACAGAACGACGUCCAGAAGUCUGCCUCCGCGCCCGUCACAGGUGAAGAAGGAGACGAGAGCCCAGAGAAGUCUGAGGUGCAGGCUAUCAUAGAGUCCACUCCUGAGCUGGACAUGGACUUUGACGGCUGCCAAGGGACAAGCACACCAACCAAAGGUGGCAUCGAGAAUCCAGCCUUCGACCGCAACAACGACUCUCUGUUUGACGAGCUGGCGUCUGCUGGGAACGACAUGAUCGGCGACGUGGACGAUGGAGCCGACCUCCUGGGUAUGGGUCGGGAGGUCGAACAUCUAAUCCAUGAGAACACCCAGCUGCUGGAGACCAAAAACGCUCUGAAUGUGGUGAAAAACGACCUCAUUGCUCAAGUGGACGACCUGUCCUGUGAGAAGGAGGUUCUGCGAGGCGAGCUGGAGGCCGUCACUCAGGCUAAGACCAAACUGGAGGAGAAAAACAAAGAAUUAGAAGAGGAGAUAAGGAAAGUUAAAGCCGAACUGGAUGAGGCCAAACAGAAGGUCAAGAAUGAAAACGAGGACGACAGCGACGUGCCCACAGCCCAGAGGAAACGUUUCACCAGGGUGGAGAUGGCCAGAGUCCUGAUGGAGAGGAACCAGUAUAAAGAGAGGCUGAUGGAGCUGCAGGAAGCCGUCAGAUGGACAGAGAUGAUCCGUGCUUCAAAGGAGAAUCCCGCUCUUCCAGAGAAGAAGAAAUCCAGCCUCUGGCAGUUUUUCAGCCGUCUGUUUAGCUCGUCGGGCGGAGCGGGGAAGAAGCCGGCGGGGGAGGCGCCGGUCAACGUCAAGUACAACGCGCCCACCUCGCAGAUUCAGCCGUCCGUCAAGAAGAAGAGCAGCACCCUGCAGCAGCUGCCCAGCGACAAGAGCAAAGCGUUUGACUUCCUCAAUGAGGAUCCGCCAGCUGAGAGUUCGGUGUCACGGCGAGAGCAGAAGAGAGCUCAGUACAAGCAGGUCAAAGCUCACGUCCAGAAGGAGGACAGCAGAGUGCAGGCCUACGGCUGGAGCCUGCCCAAGAAAUACAAAGCUAAUGGAGGUCAGGCAGACGGCAAGAUGAAGAAUCUGCCUGUUCCCGUCUUCCUCAGGCCGCUGGAUGAGAAAGAUCCCACUAUGAAGCUGUGGUGUGCUGCAGGUGUCAACCUGUCUGGAGGGAAAACCAGAGACGGAGGCUCCAUCGUGGGAGCCAGUGUGUUUUACAGCGACGUGUCCGGUGCAGAAAGUCCCAGAAAGAAGAGAGGCUCGCAGAGCAGCGUGGAUGAACUGGAUCGGGAACUGAAGGAGCAGCAGAAAGAGUUGCGGCACCAGGACGAGUUUUCCUCUCUGGUGUGGAUCUCCACCAGCACCCAGUCCAAUUCGAACGUCGUCGUCGUCGACGCCAACCAGCCCGGGAACAUCCUGGAGAGCUUCUUCGUUUGUAACUCGCACGUCUUCUGCAUCUCUAGUGUACCCGGCGCGAGAGAGACCGACUAUCCAGCCGGAGAGGAAGCGUCUUCAAGCACUGACGCAGGCCCGGUGGGAGACGGCGGCUUGUCGACGGCCAACAGCGGCUCAGAGGCCGGCGACAGCAUCCUCGGAGGCAUCACAGUGGUGGGCUGUGACGGCGAGGGAGCGACGGCUGUUCCUCAGACAGCAGACAGUUCAGACUCCAGACCAGCGGAAGAGGCCAUGGAGGCCGUGGAGACCAGCGCAGGGCCUGUUGACCACAGCGAGAGCCUGAGAGGCAUCUACACAGAGCAGGUCUUCACAGAUCCACUGGGAGCGCAGCAGACCAGGGAGACGCCAGCUAACUAUUCUCAGAGAGAGAGCGAUCUGCUGAAAGACGGAGUGAGUUCAAACCCCGACGCAGAGGAGCAGGACCUGAUGAUAGAAGAAGCUCAGAAAAUGAGCAGCGUUCUGCCCACCAUGUGGCUCGGGGCCCAAAAUGGCUGCGUGUACGUGCACUCGUCUGUUGCUCACUGGAAGAAGUGUCUCCACUCUGUAAAGCUGAAGAAGCCCGUGAUCGGCAUAGUACACGUGAAGGGACGGGUCCUGGUUAGCCUAUCCGAUAGCACGAUAGCCAUUUUCCACAGAGGAACGGAUGGGCAGUGGGACCUGACCAACUACCACCUGCUGGACCUGGGGAAGCAGCACCACUCCAUCCGCUGCAUGACCGUGGUGCAUGACCGUGUGUGGUGCGGCUACAGGAACAAGAUCCAUGUGGUGCAUCCCAGAGCCAUGAAGGUUGAGAAAACCUUCGACGCCCACCCUCGUAAGGACAGCCAGGUCCGUCAGCUGGCCUGGCAUGGGGACGGGAUCUGGGUGUCCAUCAAGCUGGACUCCACUCUCAGACUGUUCCACGCACACACACACCAGCACCUCCAGGACAUCGACAUCGAGCCCUACGUCAGCAAGAUGCUCGGUACUGGCAAGCUGGGCUUCUCGUUUGUGAGGAUCACGGCUCUAAUGGUUUCAUGCAGCCGCUUGUGGAUUGGGACUGGAAAUGGAGUCAUCAUCUCUAUUCCCGUUACGGAGACAGCCAACAAUGUAGCCAAGUCGUCAGGUAACAAUCCUGGAAGCGUGGUCCGCGUCUACGGAGACGACAGCGGGGACAAGGUGACGGCCGGUACCAUCGUUCCCUACUGCUCCAUGGCUCACGCUCAGCUCAGUUUCCAUGGUCACAGGAACGCCGUCCAGUUCUUCGCCGCAGUUCCAGGUCACGCAGAUCCGUCGGCAUCCAGCGGAGGAGAGUCAGCGGGAGACAAGUCCGCCGACGUCUCGGCUCAGGAAGGAAGCAGGUCCAUGUUGGUGAUGAGUGGAGGAGAAGGCUACAUCGACUUCCGAAUGGGUGAUGAGGACGGGGAGGCAGACGAGCUGGACGACCCCGCCUUAAAACUGCAGCCCUUCCUCACGAAAGCCGAGCGCAGCCACCUCAUCGUCUGGCAGGUCAUGGUCGGCGAAGACUGAACUCGGCAUCAGUGAAACCCUGAUUUGCCCCCUUGUUUUUAUUUUAAGACCACAGAAACAGAGGAGAAAGCACAAGAUUAAUCAGCACUUAUUUUUUUAUUUUGCUCCCUCGGUCUUGAACAAUGGAAGCAAAACAAGCAAAAACUGCUCUGCGAGCAUUUUUCUCUGUUAACCUUGAACGCAUGGAACUGCUUUGUCCUAUUUUUUUUCUUUCAUGUCAUGAAUUUCAAGCAUUGUAUCUCAUCGCCUCGCUGAUUUAAAUUUUAUUUGAGGUAAGCCGGAUGUUUGCCGGCUUUCCGCUCGAAUCCCCUCACCUGCGCUCACUCGGGACACUGCUGAUGUUCCGUCAGCUGGUCAGAGGGAGGAAAACAGCUUCCUGUUUGUCCUCUGACGAAUGCAAGACGUAGCGAGCGACAUGGGAGUCAAUCAUGGCGGGAUUGUUUUUCCCUAUCAAAUUUCGGUUCUGUUUUUUUUUUUUUUUUUUUCCGUGGAGAACUUCUUUGAAAGCCAAUGGCUGACUCAUAUUUCAGCUGUGUUUGGCUCUGACACUCAUAUUCAUCCCAUGUGCAAAGGCUUAAUAGGAAUGUUUUUCAUGGUGUAUUUCAAAUGGCCCGGUUUGUGCCUCAAAUAUCAGCAAAGCAUUCAUUCAACAAAAAAAAAACAACCCACACACAACAAUGUUUCUGAAGCACAAAAAACUACUCUCAGUUGCUUUUCUUUUGCCCACAAUACAGAUGUGGGUUGUCGCCCAUGUGGAUUUAAUAAAAUAACACGAUGCAUUCUGUCAGUAUUACAUGUGGGAGCGGGUGAGUCACUGUCAGAUACUGUCCGGAACAUUGCACAUCUGGAUCCAAACAGAUGUGCUCACAAAAGAACCAACAGAUUUGAAUCUGUUUAUUUUGUAGUCGUUUCCGAACCCUAGCGAUCCUAGUGGUGAACACACGUAUUUUAUCACGACGGCUAAGAACACACUAGGUUUAGCUGUUUUAUAGGAAGCACGUUAGGAGAAAUUGUCAGGUGUGUAUAGUCCUUGAAAAUGACAUUAAACGUUCCCUAAAGUGCCUCCACCAGGCCAAAGAUUUGAAUUUCACUGUAGGUCUCAAUAGGUGACAUUUUUUUUGGAUAAAAGUGCAAAAAACUUAAUCAUAAAUUUGAGCUUGGGUUCCGUUUUCUGCCUGGGACAGUCGAGAUGGUUCUCAGCUUCGGUUCUACAUUAGCAUUGACACUGGACACGAUUUAUCCCAGUUAUAUAUUUUUUCCAGGCUCUGCUGAAGUUGGGAAAACACGCAAUAACACUAAAGGUAAUAAGAAGGUGUCAUUGUUUGCAGAUGACAUACUGACAUCAUUUUCUCUGGUUUAUCGUGAACCCAUACUGUUGUCUCCAAUCUUACUGAAUACCCCAGCUUUACCGCCAUGACAUCAUGUGAUUUCAUAGAGCAGACUUGGUUGAACGUUUCGCAUCACUUUGUCUGUUUUCUGCUCCCAGCACACUUUAAGAGUUGCCUUAGACAUCAGAGUUCGAACAGUCUGUGACAGAGUUCUUCUAUUUUUCUCUAAAGAAUUUUGUUCGCUACCAAAGACUGCUAUGACGUCACGCAGUAAUAAAGUCUCACCUAGCUUUCACUGCAGCAUGUUUGGAACAGGAAGCCAGGUUUUUUUUUUCUAACAGAAAUCCAGGUGUGCUGAUGUAUUCAGAUAGAGAUAUAUAUAUAUAUUUUUUAACUUUUCCUAUUUGUAAAAAGGAGAUAUUUUCGAGGCGUGCGAGUCGUGAACGUGCGAGAGAGAGCUGUUACGGUUGGACGGUGAAGGAGAGUCCAUACGCGCCCCCCAUUGGAUGCUCGUUCUGUUCCCGGAUGAGAAACCAAACUCUAAGCUGUUUGGUUUUGCAGCGCUGAUCUGCUUGCUUUCAACCAAACCUGUUUAGUAAUUCAAAUGUCUUUUUUUUUUUUUUUAUCCGAUUUUUAUUUCUUCUUUGAGUGUGGCUAAAUGGUUUUAUUCGGGGAAUUUCAACCUCCUUCUGCCCUCUGUGAACACUGCACUCAUGCUUUUUGUUGUGUAUUUCUUUAUGCAACUGUGUGCGUUUGCGUCUUCUCUCCGCGAGAGAAGAUUUAUAUAUAUCUACACAUAAAUAUUUCAAUUUCGCCAUUUCAGUAUUUAUUUUUGAUGGAUGAACCUUUGCGAUUGAGAAUGUAUCUUUGUACAUUGAAUAUAUAUGAUUAUAUAUGUAUGAAACUCAAAGAUGGUUUGGAUUUUAUUGAGUUGUACCCUGAGGAUUUCCUCAGCUAUGCACCACAUCUCUGAGGGGAGACAUGGAGGAAAUUAGGGGUUUGAAAACUGCACACACCUUCUCUGUCCUCUUGCAAUCAGUUGUCCUAUAAAUUUGAACUUCUACUCAACGACGGGGCAGUCGACUCCCUUCGCAGACUCCUUCCUUAUAUUUGUCCUCACUGCAGUCUGCUUUUAGGUAACUCUGACAGGAGCGCAGUUUUUUCCAAAUCAGCAGUAAAUGCAUCAUCUUAAACCCCUGCAGCAUCUCUAGCGUUACCUAUUUUUAACAAUUAAUUAAAGCAACGUUUGUGGGCAACGUC